AUGGCGGACGCGGGGAACCUGCACGGGGGGGACGCGGCGCUGCCGUCCCCGCCUGAGGAGCAGGAGCUGAGCCAGCGCCUCCGCCGCCUCUAUCCUGCCGUCAAUCAGGAGGAGACGCCGCUGCCGCGCUCCUGGAGCCCUAAGGACAAGUACAACUAUAUUGGCCUCUCACAGGGCAACCUCCGCGUCCACUACAAAGGUCAUGGUAAAAAUCACAAAGAUGCUGCCUCGGUCAGGGCCACGCACCCCAUCCCCGCCGCCUGCGGCAUUUAUUACUUUGAGGUGAAGAUCGUCAGUAAAGGCAGAGAUGGGUACAUGGGAAUUGGACUUUCUGCUCAAGGGGUCAACAUGAACAGGCUCCCAGGAUGGGACAAACAUUCCUAUGGGUACCACGGGGACGACGGGCACUCCUUCUGCUCCUCGGGGACAGGACAGCCCUACGGCCCCACCUUCACCACUGGAGAUGUGAUUGGCUGCUGUGUCAAUCUCAUCAACAACACCUGCUUCUACACCAAGAACGGCCACAGCCUGGGUAUAGCCUUUACAGACCUCCCUUCCAAUCUCUACCCUACAGUGGGUCUCCAGACUCCAGGAGAGAUAGUGGAUGCCAACUUCGGGCAGCAGCCCUUCGUGUUCGACAUUGAGGACUACAUGAGGGAGUGGCGAGCGAAGAUCCAGAGCACCAUCAAGUGCUUUCCCAUAGGGGACAGGCUAGGCGAGUGGCAAGCCAUGCUGCAGAAUAUGGUUUCAUCGUACUUGGUCCAUCAUGGGUACUGCUCAACAGCAACUGCCUUUGCCAGAGUCACAGACACCACAAUCCAGGAAGAACAGACCUCAAUAAAGAACAGACAAAGAAUACAGAAGCUAGUAUUAGCAGGAAGAGUGGGAGAGGCUAUAGAAGCCACCCAGCAGCUCUAUCCUGGCCUCCUAGAACAUAACCCCAACCUGCUCUUCAUGUUAAAGUGCCGGCAGUUUGUGGAGAUGGUGAAUGGCACAGACAGUGAAGUUCGCUGCUUCAGUGCCCGCAGCCCCAGAUCCCAGGACAGUUACCCUGGCUCCCCCAGCUUGAGCCCUAGGCAUGGAGCAAGCAACUCCCAUGUCCAUGGUGCAGGAGCAGAUAGUCCAACCUGUAGCAAUGGAGUCAUGUUCACAAAAAGCAAACAGAAUCACAGUAAAUACCCAACACUGAGUUCAUCAUCUUCAUCUUCCUCCUCCUCCUCCCCCUCAUCUGUGAACUACUCUGAGUCCAAUUCUACAGAUUCUACCAAAUCCCAGCAGCACAGUAGUACGAGUAACCAAGAAACCAGUGACAGUGAGAUGGAAAUGGAGGCUGAGCAUUACCCCAAUGGAGUCCUGGAAAAUUCAUCUGCCAGGAUAAUGAAUGGCACCUACAAACACGAAGAGAUCCUGCAGACAGAUGAAUCCAGCAUGGAAGACAGCUGCCCCCAGAGGCAGCUCUGUGGAGGGAACCAUGCUGCCACAGAGAGGAUGAUCCAGUUUGGCCGCGAGCUGCAGAUGCUGAGUGAGCAGCUGUGCAGAGAGUAUGGGAAGAACACAGUGCACAAAAAGAUGCUUCAGGAUGCCUUUAGCUUGUUAGCUUACUCAGAUCCCUGGAACUGCCCUGUUGGCCAGCAGCUGGAUCCCAUCCAGAGGGAACCCGUGUGUGCUGCUCUUAAUAGUGCUAUUUUGGAAUCUCAGAACCUGCCAAAGCAGCCCCCGCUGAUGCUUGCCCUGGGCCAGGCCUCGGAGUGCUUGCGGCUGAUGGCUCGCGUGGGGCUGGGCUCCUGCUCCUUCGCCAGGGUGGACGACUACUUGCACUAG